GUUUGAUCAAACCCAGAUCUGGGUUCUCUGGCUUCUUAUCGUCUUCUCCAACAUGUUGCAUGUUGUUUUUGUGUUCGGAAGCCCAAGGCUUCCGAGUUUUGUUGCUUGAGCCGCCGGGUUCUCCGGCCGCUCAAGCCUGAUGGAGCCGGCCUGCUCCCUGCUCCGAUGACCCAAUGAGGUUGUUUUAUGUUUGUUUUCUUUGUUUCCUAUUUCUAUGUGUUGCCCGCUUGCCUGCAGGUUUCACGACUCCUUGCUCCUUCACACAAAUCUACCGAGCUACACGCUGGAAUUCCCAGAUCUGGCGACCGUCGCCCAGAUCUGGUCUUCGCCUGCACAGUUUCUCGCCUCGACGUCCUUGAGUCUAGAUGCAACCUCUAGAUGGGUAGAUAGAAGGGUGUCUAGCUGGAUCGCUCGACCGAAGGCAACCUUGUCAUCUUCGCCGUCGUUGACCUCCGCCGUCGUUGACCUCUACAAUUCUUCCGCAACAGAAGCAGGAGUCACCUUGGUGUACUCCAAGAAGUUCUGGAUUUCUUCAAACGAAACCCAGAUCUGGAGAGGAAGAAGAAGAGGGGAAGAGAGGAGUGAAAAAGAAUAAGAAAAAUUAAAAAAAGUCAUGUGGG